UGAUCAGCUGUGUCCAAUCACAGCUGACCGCAUGUGCACUGAUCAUCAGGGAACUGAUGAUCAGCGUGCCCUGAUGAUCAGUGUAGCCCCAGCAGUGCCACCUGUCAGUGUCCAUCAAUGCCUCCUGUCAUUGCCAAUAAGUGCCACCUGCCAGUGCCCAUCAGAGCCACAUCAAUGCCACAUAUCAGUGCCUACCAGUGCACAUCAAUGCUACAUAUCAGUACCCAUCUGAGCUGCCUUUCAGUGUCACCUAUCAAUGCCAGUCAGUGGCACCUAUCAGUGCUACCAAUCAGUGCCGCCUAUCAGUGCGCAUCAGUGCCACCUAUCAGUGCCGUCUAUCAGUGCUGCCUAACAGUGCCAGUCAGUGUCGCCUAUCAGUGCCAGUAAGUGCCGCCUAUCAGUG